GACAGUUUCGAGUAAAAAUGUAAAUAAAUAGGCGAAAAAAAACAAAUGAAAAAUUAUACGCACACUAUGGUACUGAUAAUUUAAUGAUAAUUUAUUCGCAUUAAUUUUUUUUAUUACACGUAAAAUACCUCUUGGUAGCAUAUGUUCAACAAAGUCAGCAAAAUAAAGAGGUAAAAAUCCGAAUACGUGUAACGGUAAACCGUUAUUUAUUCUUGCAUUAUACCUGUGACCUCUGAUUCAUCUGCAUAUUAAAGAUGUUGAUGGUCAGUUAAGUUAAAAAAGAAACGGAAGUUAAAUGGAAGACGUACGAAAACGAAAAAACAAAAGCAAAGUGAAGGAUGAGGAUUUUAUUGAAGAGGAGAAAAUUACAAAUAUAAGUGAUACAAAAUUGGGGCAAAAUGAUAAUAACUACAAGAAAUUAUUUAGGAUACACUUUGAGCUGGAUUUGUUGUCAUUUACGUUGUUUUUUUGCGGACUUUUCACAAGGGUUUAUAAGUUAGAAGAGCCAAAGAAUGUGGUUUUUGAUGAAUUACACUAUGGAAAAUAUGUGUCUUUGUAUAUGAAGAACACGUUUUUCUUUGAUUCUCAUCCGCCACUGGGGAAACAAUUGAUAGCUGGGGCAGCCUACUUGGCAGGUUUUGAUGGGAAAUUCAAGUUUGACAAAAUUGGGAGUCCUUACUCCGAUGAAGUGCCAUUGUGGGCUUUGAGGAUUGUUCCGGCAUUUUUUGGGUCACUAAUAAUACCUGUGGUGUAUCAUUUGUGUAUUGAGUUGGGUUUAAGUCAGUGGACUUCACUAUUGGCGGCUUUGUUGAUUUUAUUUGACAAUGCUCUGUUGACACAGAGUAGGUUUAUUCUGAUGGAGAGUAUGCUGGUGUUUUUUGCUUUAUUUGGGAUACUGUGCGUUUUGAAGUUCAGGAAACACUACAAAAACCCGUUUGGGGGUUUUUGGUUUUUGUGGUUGAUUUUGGCCAGUGUUUCUCUGACUUUUGCUUUGUGUGUGAAGUAUGUUGGUUUUUACUCGUGUCUUUUGGGGGUUGUUAUUUUGGGUGGGGAUUUUUGGAGGUUAUUGUCGUCGAAAAAAAUCUCUGAUAGAUCGUUGUUCGUACGGUUUUUUACGCAAGUUUUAGUGACAGUUCUGGUGUCUUCCUUGGUUUACCUGGGGGUGUUUUACGUGCACUUGAAAGUGCUGUACAAAGCGGGCCCCCACGAUAGCAUUAUGACCAGCGCGUUUCAAGCCUCUUUAGAGGGAGGUUUGGCAAGCAUUACUAAGGGGCAACCUCUGCACAUCUCCCACGGGUCGCAGAUAACCUUGCGGCACUCGCACGGGAGGACCUGCUGGCUGCACUCUCACAACGCGGUGUACCCGGUGCGGUACCCCGAUAAAAGGGGCUCCAGCCACCAGCAGCAGGUCACGUGCUACUCCUUCAAGGACGUCAACAACUGGUGGAUCGUCAAGAGGCCGGAGAAAAACGAUUUGGUCGUCGAAGAACCUGUGGAUUCCAUCAAGCACGGGGAUGUCAUUCAACUGGUGCACGGCAUCACAAGCAGGGCGCUAAACUCCCACGACGUAGCGGCCCCCAUGUCCCCUCAGUGCCAGGAAGUCUCCUGCUACAUCGACUACAACAUAUCGAUGACGGCGCAGAACAAGUGGCGCGUGGAAAUCCUGAACAGGGAGCAGACCGGCGACAGUUGGCAGACGAUCCAAUCCUUGGUCAGGUUGGUACACGUGGACAGCAACACGGCGCUCAAAUUCACCGGCAGGCAGAUGCCGGACUGGGGCUUCCACCAGCACGAGGUGGCCGCCGACAGGAUCCUGAAUCAGGACGACACCGUUUGGAACGUCGAAGAGCACAGAUACACGAAAUCCGAUGAUCAAAAAGAGCGCGAACGGGAGUUAGUGACAGCGGAAAUGAUACCAACUUCCGCUACUUCUUUGUCGUUUUGGGAGAAGUUUUUCGAAUUGCAUUAUAAAAUGAUGUUUUCCGGUACAGAAAGUGUACAAAACCAUAUGUACAGUUCGGAACCUUUGGAAUGGCCUUUGAUGAGCCGUGGAAUUGCGUACUGGGUCUCAUCCAACAGUAAUGCUCAAAUUCAUUUGUUGGGGAAUGUUGUACUGUGGUUUUCCGCUACUUUUGGACUUUUGGCGUACUGCGGAGUGUUGGUUUUUUAUAUGCUUCGUAGAAGACGGGAGUGCUACGAUUUGGAUGAAAAAAAGUGGCAGACUUUCCGACUUAUUGGGGAAGUUUUCUUGACUGGGUAUCUAAUACACUUCCUCCCGUAUUUUUUCGUGGAACGCACUUUAUUUUUGCACCACUACUUGCCAGCGUUCACUUUUAAAACGCUGCUAUUGGCCGCCGUUUUCGAACAUUUGUACGUUGUUUUCAACGAUGUUCUCGAGUUUAAAGUCUUGUCGAAAGCGUUGAUUUUCAGCGUUUUACUGUGGUUGAUGGUGGUUUUUUAUGUUUUCAAGAAAUUUACGGUUUUAAGCUACGGAAGCACCAGUUUGACGACCGAUGAUAUUUUAGAUCUGCGGUGGAGGGACACUUGGGACUUUAUCGUUCACAAGAAUUAACAGACUGAAAUAAAUUUAAUUUAAAAUUCCAACCCAUUUAUUUUUUGACUUGUUUUUGAAUUAGUUAUGUAAAAAUGUGCCAAUAUUUGGCUGUAUACUGUUAAUACUCUCAACAAAUUUUAUAUUGAUAUAUUUUAUUGCAUCUAAACAAAAAACAUUUUAUAAUAAAUUAAUUAUGC